AUGGCCACCUUACACGAUGCGCUCCUAUGUCUCAAACCGACGACAUGGGGUGACGUUCCCCAAACCCCCGAUGAACUCCGCGAAUUUGUCCGUGAUAUCUUCCACCACAGUAGGUUGGUAGCGGAAUCACUUCCAGAUCCUCCAUCAUACGAACCUGAAGGACACAAUGAUUCCGAGUCGCAGUCCACACCCCGCGUUAUCCCUUCAUCAGCCAGAGUCGGGGAAACAGACCCAGAUAUUAUACCUCUACAAAAGCAAUGGGGCAAGCCUAUCAAGAUGGGUGGACCGAAAGAUAAUCCACUCGGUGUACACGUCUGGAAGCUCUCCGCCAACGAUGGAGGCGGCUCAUGGUUCGGCAGACGGAGUGUGCAUGAGGGUAUGCCAUUUACACGUUGGCAAGAAAAGAUGUCUUCGGAAUAUGAUGAGACUUUGAAGGUCAACAUGAAGAAGAUUGAGAAGGGUCAAACUCCUGAUAAGUGUAUCCGUGGUAUUGGAGCGGAACGGAAGGUCGAGGUGGUGGAGGUGAAGGAUGAGGAUGGAUCAGAGAUGGCCAAGAUAACCGUCUAUCAUGUCUCGGCGCAGUUUCCGAAGCCUACGGCUCCGCGAGACUUCGUGACGCUGAUCAUCACGUCGAAUUCUGGCUUAAAGAUUGGUGGAACUAAGCAACCUGGUCGGAGUUGGUUAAUGAUUUCCAAGCCUUGUGAUCACCCUGAUAUACCGCAUAAAGCGGGGUAUACCAGAGGCAUGUAUGAGUCUGUUGAACUUAUCCGUGAAGUUCCCCGGAAAAGCGGUUCUGGAAGUAGCAGCAGCUCUGCCAGUACAAAGAGUACGGAGAAGGAGAGUGAGGACAGUGGAACCACGGAUGCAUCAACGCAAGGAGUUGACCCCGAACUAAACCCCGUUGAAUGGAUUAUGGUCACGAGAAGUGACCCAGGUGGCAGCAUCCCUCGGUGGAUGGUGGACAAAGGCACCCCCAAAAGUGUGGGAGCAGAUGCUGCCAAAUUUGUUGAUUGGGCUAUACAGGAAGACAAGCCCGCAAAACGAACGAAGAAUUCUUCAAAUGGUGAUGGUGUUGAGGCUCUCAAAUCUGGGGAAGCCAAGAAUGAAGCCGACUGCGAUGAUGAGGAAAGCCAGUCUGACUCGGACUCAGACUCGGACUCGGACUCGGAUCUCACAGACUCAGAUGUUCAAUCUCAUCACGGCCUGAUCGCCAGCGUUACAGGCUUAGUCAACUCCAGUCUCGAAAGAUACGCACCAGGAGUCUUAGACUACUUCCCGCACCAAGAACCAUCCCAUUCUGUCCCAGGCGCAUUCGGCACCCAUGACGAGACCAAGGACGAUUUCGAAGUUCGCAGCUCCAAGUCAUCCCACACAAAAGCCUCCCACGACGCUCUAUCGACCACAGAAAAGGAAGCCGAACGAGCCUCGUUAGUAUCGGCCCACUCUAAAUCAGCCACACCAAUGGUAGAAGAAGUGGUACAAAGCAACAUUCCACCAGCCGAACUGAUGGAAAUGAGCAAGAAUGGCAAACUAAGCUCCCACGAAAAAGAACUCGCCAAGCUAGCCCUCCGCAAACGCGAAAUUGAACGCAAACUCGACACCGUCCGCGCAGAGCUGGAAACUCAUACAUCCACACAGACUGGCCUCUUAACCCCCGCGAGGGCUUUGAACGACAUUGACAGCGAUACCAGCGGGAUGCUCAAACGUGCAGCGGAGAAUAGAUCCGCAGCACCAAGCAGUUCGCCGCGAAGCCAUCAUCGUAGCACUAGCAAUGAGGGACAGGAGCCUGUGCAAACACAGACCCCUACGCCCGAACCACUGGUACAAAAUCACAAAGCAUCUGCGCACCUUAUUACUGAGGAAGGCAAGCUGAUGAAGCAACUGCGAAAAGUUGAGGCUAGUCAGUUGAAAGUUGCUUCGAAGAUUCAAGCUAGUCAGCGGAAAGAUGCGGCAAAGAAUGAGGUUCGGCAACGGAAGGAUGCUGAACGUUCGGAAAAACGUUCGGAAAAGUCCAAGUCUCGAUCUGAGGUUGAGGAUUUACGGCAGGAAUUAAAGGACUUGAAGAAGGAGGUGACUACUUUGCGUUCUGAGCGCCAAAAGUGGAUUGAUAUCAUUGCUGCUUUGCAAGCGGAGAACACGAGGUUGGUGGCGAAGAGUUCGUUGGAUGAAUCUACUUGA